CAUAGGACCCAAACAGGCUCAUGGACAUCAAUGUGAGCUCAGCAAAUCGGAUCACAUCCGAGACCCUGCUGAUUUAGUUCCUAUGGCAGGGUACAUGUACAGACCAACUGAGAGUCGUUGUUCGUCAAGUCCUUGCCCUGAUAACGCCACAUGUGUUUCCCUCACGGAGACAACUUUCCAGUGUCUGUGUCCACCAGGAUUUACCGGUAACAGCUGUGAAACGGACAUAGACGAGUGUCAAACCAACCAGUUCAACUGCCCGGUGAACGAGGACUGCGUUAACACCGCGGGCUCAUAUGUAUGCAAUUGUGUCAGCGGUGUGUUCGAUGGCGUAGGAGUCUGCCAGCUUAUGACAGGAAUUAAUUGCAAGGAGAUCAAGACCACAUUCCCGAGUGCUCCAGAUGGGGUGUACGAAAUACAACCGAACAUCGGGAACAGCAAAUUCUGGGCGUAUUGUGAUAUGACGUCAUUUGGAGGAGGAUGGACGAUGUGUUACUCUACUGACAAUCGUGCUGACCCUAAAACAGAAGUGACCUAUGACGAGAAUUAUAGCUAUGGCACAGACGGGUACCGAACUGACUGCAAUAAUGUUCAGUUUCGGGAAAUUCUCUUUGUGGAUGAGACCACGAAUGAAAAGGCUUUCUUUACCUAUAAACUUAAUUCCAGUCUCGUCGCAAAGGGAAAUUACCAGACACAAAUCUCCGGCCUGUGGCUAGGUGGAGGUGUAGCUACCACAAGUCAUGAAUACCAGCUUCUUAUAUGUGACCACAGCUUCUACUCUGGCUUUUUCAUAUCUGGUUAUACAAACUGUUAUAAAGGGUGCAGUCAUUGGUGUGGUGAUUGGCUCACUCCUUACUUCCGGUCAGCGUCCACUAAUCCAAAGUAUGCCGGAGUCGCUUUUAACGUCAAUGGACAUCGGUCGCGAAGCAGCAGACUGAUGAGUGUUGGACUGAGAUAA